GGCUGGAUCAUCGUAUCGGACGCCUCAUUUUGUGUUCAGAUUGAUUGAUUUUGCUGUGAAGUAUCCCAAUACAAUGAGUCUGAAGACGAUAGCAAAUAAUACGACCACUGCGUUACUCACUCUAUCUGUACUAGUAUUCUGUUGGGUACUAUACAACUAUGGAAUGGAAUAUAGAGCCGACUGCCCACAAAGGGACCUCACUGUAGAUAUACAACCCAAUACGGACACACACGUCAAUACGUUGCGACUUGCCCUUAGCCGAAAAGAAUUAAGGUUAAACAAUAUAUUGAAAGAACUUCGAGAGGCAAAUGAAAAACUGGCAGCUGCAAAACUAGCUAAUGCAAAGUUCGAGGAUCAAAUACAGGCUCAGAGUGAACUGAUUCAAUUUCAAAGUUCUAUUGUGCCUGAUGAAUUGGCGAUGCUGCAUACGAUUCCGCGGUUGCCUUUCCCGGAACCGAGAUCUGAUACUGCAAGAUUGGUAUCUAAAGAACUCAUAAAUAAUUUGAAAGUGGGUAAAUCACCAGCAAACGAGAUACCAUCAUGGAUUUCCAAGUUCUGCCCGGAAGUAAUUGAGCAUUUCAAUGCAUUUCCCUUGUUUGCGAACAUGCCCGAGGCUGAUGAAAUAUCAGUCACUAUUGGUCCCAUGAAGGGUCACGUGGUGCCUAUUCAGUCCUCCGAAUACGCCAUACGUACCACCUGUGAAUUAAAAGUAGGUCGUCAGGUGGCAGCGCAAGUUGGUUCUCCCUACUAUAUUUACGCAGGCACACAGCUUGGGGGUAUUCUGCACGCAGGUCCCAUACCAUGGGAUGACGAUGCUGAUGUUGCCAUUCCCGUAGAAUAUAAGAAGAGAUUCGUCGAUGCGUGCAAUUCUUUCACUAUUCCUGACACAACUUUGGACGAGGCUGUAGUCAAAUGUGUUGAAACAGGGUUUGGGGUGAAACUAAUGGUUGUCGACAGAAAGAGUCAAGUGCAUGCAAAGUACGGCUGGAGUUCGCCUUUCGUUGAUGUGUUCUUAAUGGAUGAAGUAAACGGUACUGUCCGUGAACUACACGCUAAUGCCACGCAUGGACGGGAAAUGGAUGUGGAUCAUGAAACAUUGAGCGUAAGGGAGGACGGCUUAGCAGCAUUCAAGGUGUAUCCAUCACAUGAGUUUUACCCAGUACGACCGUAUUAUUACGGAGGACUCGUUCUGCAGGGUCCAUCAAUCAGCCUCGCAACGAAUCGCUAUAAUCUGAGGGUAUGCAGAAUGGGCGUAUGGAAUCACCACUUUGAGAUAAGUGCAGCGAGUGGCAUCGACGGGCAAUUGCUAGAUUGCGAGUUCAUGGCUCAGUAUUUGCCCUUUGUUCAGCACACAGUAUCCGAGGUGGAUGGAGAUAUAGCAUACAGCAGGCUAAGUAUUAAUGGAACAGAUGGACUAAUUCACUACUAUAACGCUCGCACGAACCAGUUAGGAGUGGUUGGCCGAGAUGGUCAUACUACCCGGAUUGCGUAGGGGUUGCGAGCACUCCAGAACAGGCUCGGCGCCAGUAUUUAUUAUUUUUAUAUAUAGAGCUAUGAUGAAUUGAUGAAAAAUAUAUAAAUAUGAAAUUCACUAU